GUUCGUCUCUCAGUGAUUUUUAUUUUCCCUGAAAUUUGUGAAAUGUCAAUAUUAUAGGUCUUUAGGAUUGAUCCUGACCAUUUCACGACUAUAUGACCAUGCUAUAGACAAAAUAGUAUCCACAUGUCACGCUCAAAACAAUAGCAUCAGUAUUACAACAUAUUCCCAAGAAUUUUAGGAUUUUCUGUGAUGUUACACUGAUUUACUCAUGAACACAUAAGGGCAUUAUAUAACCAGCAAGAUGAGAAAAGCAAAAUCAUGGGCUGCAUCACAAAUCACUGCUUCUAGCACUAGUAGCAGAAGUUUUGGUAAGCCUUCUCACAUGGACAAAGAAUCAAAGUCAAGUCCGAAACCUUAUUCAGUUGGGAGUCCGGCCACCAGAGAUGUGCCAAGUUCCAGUGGAACAUCCACCCCUACUGUUGUUAGUAACAAUGCUACAGAUCUGAAAAUCAAAGCUAUGCUUAAAGAACUCCAUCAGCUAGUAUUUCAAGUUCAGCAAGAAAGAGAGCGGGGAGAACAUAAUUUAAACAAUAUUACAAAAACUCAUGAAAGAAUGCAACAAGAAGCCAAGUCUAAAGCGAACGCAAAAGUUUCACCCUACUUCAAGUCUAAGCUAAGGGGUCUUUAUAACACAGCAAUGCAGGAUGCUGAGGCAGAGGCAGAACUUUUAAGAAGAGCUUUAGAUAAGAUUGCUGAAAUAAAAGCAGUGAGGAGCGGAGCUUCUAGUGGAGACCGUCCUAAACAAAUAAUGCGCCGAGGUGUGCUCAUGUCGAUGUUACAACAGAAUGCUCUAACGUUACCUCUGUGGAUUGGCAAGCCUGGUGAGGAUCCCCCGCCAUUAUGUGGGGCAACUCCUGCAGAUUCUACUUAUAUUGGGAAACAGGGUGACAAAGUGGCAGCCAGGGUAAAAGGGAGUGAUGGGGAAGAAAACUGGAUACUUGCAGAGAUUGUACAGUUUAAUGGUGUAGCUAAUAAAUAUGAUGUAGAUGAUAUAGAUGCAGAAGAGGGCAAAGAGAGACACACAUUGAGUAAGAGGCGGAUAGUUCCUUUACCAGUAUGGAAAGCCAACCCAGAAACAGACCCGGAUGCCUUGUUUCAGAAAGGAGCUCUUGUUUUGGCACUAUACCCACAGACCACAUGCUUCUAUCGUGCUCUUAUACAUGAGAUACCCAAAAGACCCCAAGAUGACUAUUCAGUGUUGUUUGAAGACACAACAUACCCUGAAGGAUAUAGUCCUCCGCUUAACGUUGCUCAACGAUAUGUCAUUUGGUGCAAAGAUGACAAGAAGAAAUAGUUCCGGAAGAAUGAGUGCAAUUAUUCAAUACAUCAUACAUAAGUUCAUUCAAGGUCAACAAUGACCUUAUUUCAUUCAAGGUCAACAAUGACCUUAUUUCAUUCA